AGGAGAAGGCGGUCAAGCAGCCAUUCUCGGUAUCGCAACCGGAAGCAAUUGCAGUGGCAGAUGGAGAAGCCAGGGACCUGCAUGGUUUGGAGGUUGGGGGGGUUAGGGGAGUCGGCUGCAGCCUCGACGGUGGACCAUUGGCGGGUCCAACUACCAACUACCAACCUUCCUUCCAUCCAAGACAGAAUGAUUGAGGGCCACCCUCCUUCCGAAGCGCUCCCUGAAAUGGACCCCAGCUUCAGCGUCCCAGCCGCUACUGGGACACUACUGGAUACGUCGACAGGUAGUGCAGGACCACACUCCCUUUUGAUGGGCCCCGAGCCUUCAGUGAGCUCCAAACAAAACUGCAUUGUCAAGGCGAGAAAAAAGUCACAUGCACCCAGCCCGAGCUUCGAGCUUGAGUCCCUCCUGCCUGCCACUCACCACGCAGGUAGGGAGGACUGGACAGUAGUGGACGGGAGGUGGGCCUGCCACAGCAGCGUGCAUCCUCCAGUAUGCAGCCGAUGAGGGUCCUCCCACGUACAAAUGCCAUUCAUCGUACAUGCUUGCGUGGUAGGGGUCAGGUAUGGGUGCAGGCUACUAGCAUCAGACGGACUCGUCCGCCCC